AUGGCAUUCUUUGAUUUCCUACUACGUGGACUCGGUCAAGCACUAGCUGCCACACCUGCGGUCAUCCUCGGAGCCAUAUCUCUAUAUCUUACCUAUCUUUUCUCACCCGGCAUCUACAAUAUAUACUUUCACCCUCUCAGCAAGUUUCCUGGUCCCAAGCUAGCUGGCGCUACCGAGCUUUUCGCGGUUUUCCAUUUCGUCCGUGGCCAGCAGUUAAAGUUCAGCGAGAAGCUUCAUACAAAGUAUGGUGAAGUAGUCCGCACAAGACCCAACGAGCUAUCCUUCAUUAGCGACCAUGCUUGGAAGGAUAUAUACAUGCAUCGUCAAGGCCACAAACAGAUGCAAAAAGCUGGUAUACCUGUUAGCCAAAACAAAGCAUAUGCCAUUACUAUCGCCCCCGAUGAUGUGCACGCACGCCAAAGGCGCCUACUAUCGCAUGCCUUCUCGGAGCGAGCGCUUCGAGAACAAGAGCCGUUGAUUCAGGAGUAUGUUAACCUCCUCAUCAGCAACAUGCGAGAGGACGCAAAAGAAGGGAGAGAAGUCGACAUGGUCCAAAACUUCAACCUUGCCACCUUCGACAUUAUCAGCGAUCUCUCUUUUGGGAAAUCCUUUGGUGGCCUUAGGAUCAGGACGGCACAUCCGUGGAUAAAAGCAUUCUUCGACAUUGCGACAACAGGGACUGUUAUGACUCAACUAGUACUACUGAAAAUUCCUAUAAUCUCGAUACUAGCGGGGGUGCUAGUCUUGCCCAUGUUGAGGAAGCGGCUCGGGAUUAUGAGCUAUACCAAGGACAAGAUUGAGAAACGUAUCAACCAGGAAACUAAUAGGCCUGAUUUUAUGUCAUAUGUGCUGAGACACAACGAUGAGAAUGGGAUGUCCAGGGAGGAGAUCCAGGAGACCUUCAAUGUGCUCAUGAUCGCUGGCUCCGAAACCACUGCAACAUCACUAGCUGGAUGCACUUAUCUACUUCAGAAGCAUCCCCGGGUCCGACAGAAGCUACAAGCUGAAAUUAGAGACACGUUUCUGGAUGACAAGGAGAUCACUAUGCUCAGCGUUAGUCAUCUAACAUAUCUGGAUGCAGUCAUCGGGGAGUCACUUCGAAUCUAUCCACCGGUGCCAAUCGCCUUGAGUCGUAUGACGCCUCCAGAAGGCGCAGCUAUCUGCGGUCAUUGGGUCCCAGGCAAUGUAUCUGUUGGCAUUCCACAAUUUGCAGCGUAUACCUCCCCCUUCAACUUUGUAGAACCGAACUCGUUCGCGCCAGAGCGUAUGCUCCAUGAACACGCCGCGAAAUUUGAUAAGGACCGCAAGGCUGUUCUGCAGCCUUUCUCCACCGGACCUAGGAACUGCAUUGGCAAGAACCUAGCUAUUGCAGAGAUAAAACUAAUCCUUGCUCGAAUCAUCUUCAACUUUGACCUUGAGCUGGUUGAUAAAAAGUCAAACUGGUUCAAUCAGGAGGUUUAUAGUUUGUGGAGGAAGCAUCCGCUGAUGGUUCGAGUCAAAGAUGUUAGAGUAUAG